GCGGAGGCGGUGGCGGAGGCCUCCGUGGCGGAGGUGGAAGCAGAGGUGGAGGCUGAGGUGGAGGCCGAGGCCUCGGCGGCCGCGGUGGAGGCCAGCCUGGGGGAGGCGGUGGCCCUGGCGGGGAAGAAGGCGGCGGCGGUGGCAGCCACCGAGGCCAGCCUGGCGGAGGCCAGCCUCCGGGAGGCCCGGGGCGCCGCUGCGGAGGCUGCUGCGUCGCCUUCCUACGGGAGGGUGGACAUGGAUGAGGAGCUGGCGGCGGCCUUGGCUGCAGAAGAGGAAGAGGCGGCGGCAGGGGCCUCCGACAGACGCCCAGACUUUCCCACGGCCUCGCUCUACGUGGGCGACCUGCACCCCGACGUGACCGAGUCCAUGCUGUACGAGAAGUUCAGCCCCGCCGGGCCCAUCGUGUCCAUCCGCAUUUGCAGGGACAAGAUCACCCGGCGCUCCCUGGGCUACGCAUAUGUCAACUACCAGGAAGAGCUGGAUGCCAAGCGGGCCCUGGAGACCCUGAACUUUGACGUUAUCAAUGGCAGGCCGGUGCGCAUCAUGUGGUCCCAGAGGGACCCGUCGCUCCGCAAGAGCGGGGUGGGCAACGUCUUCAUCAAGAACUUGGGCAAGACCAUCGACAACAAGGCGCUGUACAACAUCUUCUCGGCCUUUGGCAACAUCCUGUCCUGCAAGGUGGCCUGUGACGAGAAGGGGCCCAAGGGCUACGGGUUCGUGCACUUCCAGAAGCAGGAGUCGGCCGAGCGGGCCAUAGAUGCGCUGAAUGGAAUGUUCCUGAACUACCGCAAGAUUUUCGUGGGGAGGUUCAAGUCCCACAAGGAGAGAGAGGCCGAAAGGGAAGAAGCCUGGGCCCGCCAGUCCACCAGUGCUGACUUCAGGGCUUUCGAUGAUGACUCCGAUGACGAGGCCACCUUUCGAUGAAGACAUCCCAGGCCCCAGCCAGUAGAGCCAAAUCUUGGCUCCCACCCCGUUUACAGCCCCCCACCCCACCCCAACCCACCAGCAGUGUAUUGUAUUGGGAGUGCAGGUUUCUCUCUCCCUCUUCCUCCUUCUUCACCCCUUCCCCCUCCCUUCUUCCCUCCCCCUCCCCUUCCCUCUUUCCUUCUCCCCCUCUCCUGCCCUCUCUCCCUCCCCUCUCCUCCUCUUCCCCCCUCCCCUGCCAGCGCCAGCUAGCUGCCCCAUCCCCUCUCUGCUCUCCGCCCCUCCCCCUCCAGCUGCUUCUGUCCUCUCCCUCUCUUUCUCCCCACCUCCAGAAAGCUCCCCUGCCCCAAUAAUCCCACUAAUCUGUGCCAUUUGAGAGGUUAAAGGCUGCCUCUUCUCCCUGUGGUCAGUCUGAUUCUUAAAAGCGUUCUCUGUCUCUUUGUUUACUGCACAGGUGAUGCAAUUCCGUGGUAGAAAUAUCUGGAAGGAGAAGGAAGUCUGUCUGAUGUGGGAGAAAGAACCAAGAGUGCAAUUGCUUCCCAUCAUCCUAAUACUCAGAGAGAACCUCUUUUACCUUCUUUGGUGUGCUGUUUUUCCAGGCUCUCUGCUACCCCUUUCUCCCCCUCUCAUCCCAGACCCACCUUCCCUUUUAACAUAUUCUUGUAGAGUGGUUCAUGUACGUGGUGUUUCUUAACCUGCUUUUUUCAGCGACUAAAACCAAACACAAGUCAACGCGUUGAACUUCUUUCCAUGCUAUUCAACAGGCUUAUGGAACGUCAUCUUCAGUGCCUGCAGAGUGCUCCUGUGUAUCCAUGGACCUUAACAUUUCUGUAAUCAUUCCCGCAUUGUUGGACAUUCAGGUGGUGCCUAGUUCUUUCCCUGUGUUUAAAAAACCAACACUGCGUGCCCUGAUGAGCGAAUCCUUCCUUGUCGAGCCAAAUCUAGGCUAGCAUCCUGGAUGGUCUCUCCUUAACUGUGGACUUGCAGCAACCACAUAUAGACGUUUCAAAGACUUCCCCUGUGUGUUGCCAAAAGGCUUCCCUUUCAUAAGCAUUGUACCAGUUUGUAUUUGUGCCAGCCAGCCAGUGCAGCUAGUAAAAAGAAAAAAAAAAAAGAACCGAGUAUGCCCAUCUCCCUUGCACAGUCUCAUGGUCCACUGUAACUCGUGUGUGUGUGUGUGUGUGUGUGUGUGUGUGUGUGUGUGUGUGUGUGUGUGUGUGUGUAGGAGCGCGCGCGUGCAGCGUCAUGAGCUGCAAAUGCGUGCAGCGUCAUGAGCUGCAAAUGGUAUUUCACUGUCGUUAUUUCACUGGAAUUGAAAGCUGUUAAUCACCCCUUUUCUGCAUUCCUGCUUCCUUUCCUUUUCCCUCUUGCCAGAAAAAUACAUCAGCUAUGUUGCAGGAAAAAAAAAAUCUCUAAGUAGAUGAUUUAACCUAAGAAAUUGAAUGCUAUCAGCAAUCAGUCCUAAUGACUCCCAUGCCUUCUUGACUUGUACUGAUCUGUAUGUGCCCAGUGUUUUUCAUGUGAAAUAUAUGUGUAUUUAAUAUAUAUAUUUCAAUACCUGCUUUUUCAUGCAUAAAAAUAUAAUAUAGAUUAUAGACAUAGAUGUAUAGAUAUUCUUGAACUUCCUUUCAUUGUCAUUAAAUAUUCUUUUAAAAUAUA